AUGGCUUCAGAGUGGGAAGUGGUUGAUGCAUCAGCCAAGAUGAGGGCAGUCAACGAUUGGUUGGAGCACAAGGGCUUGGGGAGGUAUGCCGAGAAGAUCGUCGAAGUGACCGAUGUCACCUGCUUGGAAGACUUUAAGAUGAUUGAUGCCAAGAUGGCAGAGCAGAUCAUCGAGACUCUGCAGUUGAAGCUGGUCACGGCGGAGAAGUUCCGGCAAGCUGUGGCGGAAGUCAUCGGUGCCCGACUCGAGGGCGCUGUAGCCGCUCCACCACCGCCUCCAGAGGAGCCGUUGCAGGAGGUGAUUGCCAUUUGCAUUGAUCGCUCAGGAUCGAUGGGAACUCCCUUCGCAGAGGUCACGUUGAAUGUGGUGAAAGGCGAAACCCGAGAUUCCGUGGCGCAGCGCACUCGGAUGGAAGCGGUGAAGGCCAUGUUCUACGCCUUCCGAGAUCGAGUCGAGAGCAUGGGCAGUGGAAAAUAUCAUUUAGGAUUGCUUCAAUUCGAUGACAAGGUCGAGCGCAUGCUGGACACCACGCCGUCCCUGGAUCUAUUUGAAUCAGUGGUGGAUGACAUGAAGAAGAGGGGACAGACGGCGAUCUACUCUUCCAUCGUUGAGGCGACUCGGAUGUUGGAGAAGUACUUCAGCACCGACUCCAAAGUGGACCUCCGAAUCUUGGUGCUCACCGAUGGGCAAAACAACUCCGGUGUCUCUCCAGAAGCAGCCUUUGAAGCUGUCAACAACAUCGGAGCAGUGGUGGACGCCAUCAUCGUGGGGAACAAUCCUGACAGCGACUUGCGACGCAUCGUGACGGCCACCGAUGGGCAGUGCUACCAGAUCGGCCAUCUGGGCGAAGGCUUUGAACUGCUGGAGUCGGAGGCCGUCGUCUCCCUGAAGGCGCGCCGCGGAGGCCUGGAGAAGCCGCCCUACCAGCCGCGCGAGGUGCAUUUCAAGAGUGUCAAGGAGAGGGAGAUCAUCUCUGGCUCCAAUGUGCCCCGAGUACGCGACUUCGUUCAGGAGCGUUUGGCACAGCAGAAGGUCGUGUCUCUGGCCUCGGUGGAGACCGAAGCGCUGAAGAAGGAAUCGCACCUGAGCUCGGGUGCCUUGCGACGCAUUCUCAUGGAGUUGAAGCGCCUCAACGAGGGCGCCCCGCCGGGGAUCCACGUCUUCCCCACGGAAGAUGUGAGCUUCUGGCGCGUGCUGAUGGAAGGGCCUCCCCAGAGUCCCUUUGAGGGAGGUAUCUUCGCCUUGGAUGUGCUUUUGCCCAACGAGUAUCCCUUCCAGCCCCCGAAGAUCACCUUCCAGACGCCGAUUUAUCAUUGCAAUGUGAAUGCCAACGGAGGAAUUUGUCUCGACAUCCUCAAGGAGUCCUGGUCACCCAACUUGACCGUGCAGCAGUGCCUCACCUCCAUCCGUGCGCUGCUGGCGGAGCCCAACCCCGAGGAUGCGCUCCGCCAGUGGAUCGCCGAGCUCACCUUGGCGUAUAAGCGCAGCAACGGCGCAGACAAUCGCUAUGUGCUGAACGCACAAGAGAGCACGGCCAAGGAGGCACACCUCAGCAUUGAAGGUUGGAAGGCCAAGUGGGGCCUCCAGUGA